CGAGUAUUAAAUUAAUCUGAAUUCUUCUGUUACAAGGUUGCAGUGAAGACAAAAAUUAUGUCAAAAAAUUAUUUAGAGCAGGGCAAACUGAUGGCUGUCAUCGGCGAUGAGGACACCUGUGUUGGAUUUCUGCUUGGCGGCAUUGGUGAAGUUAACGACGAGCGUCAGCGCAACUUUAUGGUCGUCGAAAAGGGCACAAGCGUCACUGAAAUUGACAAAUGCUUCAAGCGCUUUUUGGCUCGUGAAGAUGUUGCCAUUAUAAUGAUCAAUCAGGUAUAUGCUGACAUGAUACGUCCCACCAUCGAUAAUCAUUUGUUGGCAGUGCCCACUGUGCUGGAGAUACCCUCAAAGCAGCUUGCCUACGAUGCCGGCAAGGACUCCAUCCUGAAGCGUGCGAGUGGCAUUCUGAAGCCGAUUGUGCGUCGUCGCUAACAGCAUUCCAGAUCAUAUUAUAUGCAUUACUUUGUAAUAAAUAUGAAGGUGCGGCUUACGCCACUGGCUCUAAAAGG